CAAACAAGAGGCAGCUGGAGAGGGGGUCCACUCGUCCACCUUGACGCUAAACUGAGCGAGCGAGUUGGCUCAUCUCAAAUCAACUCAUAACUCGUUAACCAUUUUCAUCACAUCCCAACCUCUUUCCUUCCCUUCGCCUGUGGUUGAGGAUGGCGAUGAAAGAUCAGAUCAACGAUGAACCGAUUCUCUCAAAGAGAGAUUACAUCAACAUUCAUUCUCACCCCAAUCUUAUCAAGAUUUUGCGCAAACAAGGGGACCAAGAAGUUCUAUUUGCAGAUAAAGUUUUGAAGUUCACUAGUUCAGGGAAAAUGAAAAGCCGCAUUCUUUUAAUUACAGAUUUUGCCAUUUACAUUGUUGACCCUGAGCUUGAUUCUCUUAAACGGAGGAUAGCACUUGCAGCUGUUGACAAGCUUUGUCUAAGUAAACUCAACGAUAACUUUUUGGCUGUCAUAGUUCCCAGUGAGUAUGAUUUACUACUUGCAAGUGCUCGAAAGAUGGAAAUUGUCAUUGCAUUUAAUGAAGCUACUAUGAAAUCAUCUGAUUAUGAGCUUGAGGUGGUUUCUUCUAAUAGGUUUGAGUAUAAUGCAGCAUCCGACUUGGUUAAGGAAAUUGAAUUUGAGGAAGUCGAAGGGGGUGUCAAAACAAGAAUUUUGAGGAAGUGAAUUUCAUUUUGUAUUUUUGCAAUGAUGUCUGUACACUUGGUAGGAGGAUUUUUUUAUUGGUUGUGUGGGAAAGGUUCUUAUGGGCAUAGCUUUCCCUUUCCCAAAGGUUAAUAGUAUCAGAAAUUGUAAAAGAAAAGAAAUGUAUAUGUGAUGUAAGUUUUCAGCUUAAAACCAGAUUCAGCUGUGUGUGUUUGGAAGAAUGAAAGUCUCCGUGACAACCUACAUAUCCUCAACUCUCCAAUUUGUAGCUUUGAAAAUUUUAUGGUGGGAGAGCUGGAAUCGUGCGGUCGUGGUGAGGCACCAUACAACCAAACACACGCUAUGUUAAUUUUGAUGUUAAUAUACUUCAGUCUGUGGCACCGCCACAUCAUAGAUGGUCAGUCUCUAUUCAUCUCAUCUGAGUUGAGUUGCCCACUGGAAUGAUAUCCCUGUAAGUCUAGAGGGAAUGCUUACCCUAUUUCUCUUUACAAACUGAAUGCACAGGGUUAAAUAAACUCGUAAUUUUAUAUCCAA